AUGAUGGUAGAAUAUAAUUGAGCACCAAACAAAUAAGGGCUAACAUGAAUUAUGACAUUGAGCCGUGGACCCUACAACGAGCUCGAUAAAAUGAGCCUUUUUCAAGAUUUAAAGCUGAAACGAAGAAAAGUCGACUCAAGAUGUAGCAGCGAUGGGGAGUCCAUAGCCGAUACCAGUACUUCAUCACCAGAUCUUCUGCAACCGCUAUCACCGAAGAUGUGCGAUCAGCAGCAGUCGGCAGGUCAGUUGGAGCUGGACGAGCACGGAGCCGAGUUGGAGGAUGGCCCGCCAACUCCGGCUGCUGCAGCGGACCACCAGCACCACCACCAACAGCAACAUUAUCAUCACCAGCAUCCGCAUCAUCAACACCACCAUCAGCAGCACAAUAAUGUCGAUAAUAACAAUACGUUAACAAGCAACAAUAACAACAAUAGUAAUAACAACAACAAUAACAGUCGUGAUAGUUGCUUGACGUCACCAAAGCCGAUGCUCGAUAGCAGCCUCAAGGACGAUGAUGGUGGCAGUGAUAGGGCAUCGCCCGAUUCGCCGGGUUUGCUGAUAGAUGAACGGCCACCUUCGAGACUGAAUCCGAAACCGGAUCCUGGCGGUAGUAUACCGGUGUCGUAUUCCAGUUCUGCCAAUUGCGGUGGGGGCGCUAGUGUGAUACGUUCGGUGGCGGAUGAGCGUCCCCGGUCAGCCAGUCCGCCUAGCAGCCAUAAUUUAGCGCUAAUGAAUUCCAUUCAACUGCUGCAGCAACACUAUAACGCCAACAGUAGCAGUACUCUUUCUGUUGCAGGCGGCGGAAGCAGUAGCAGCGGCAUCAGCAGCUGUAGGGAAACGUCCGGUGGCGGCCCAGAUGGACCAAGUCAUUCACAACAGCAGCAUCAGCAACAUGUGACCGUACUAGUCACUCCAAAUCGCAUAAAGUCUGACCAACCGACGACACUGGUCACGUUGGGGAUGCGCAAGCAAGCACCACCGUCAAUUAAUCCAGCAGACACCAACACCGGCAGCGAUAGCAGUAGUAACACCAACGGUAGUCAUAAUAGUACUAGUGAUAUCUGUAACGGUAGUAAUAGCAACGCUAGUAAUAAUAAUCAAGAGCCUAAUAGACUUACAUCGACACCGCAAAGUUCAACAUCAUCAUCGCCGGCGUCCACGACAUCUGCAUCAUCGUCGAAUUCGUCAUCAACGUCAAGCGCAACGCCGGGUCACAUCCACAUGUUUCAGCAGCCGCCGUUGGGUGGAAUGUCUAAAUUCGCAUCUAGUCAAAUUUCUUCAAAUAGUCUAAACAUUCAGCAGCAGCAGCAUCUCGCACAGCAACAAAUGCUGCAGGCCAUGCAACAGCAGAUUCGCAUAAAGAAGGAACGCAUGCCACAGUACACGAUAGUAAACCAGAACACGAACACAUCUCUGCUGCCGAGCGCGCACCAGCGGCAAACGAGCAUGCAAAUGAUUCCUAAUUCUCAGCAACAGGCGUACAUGAAACGCGAACGAUCGCUAUCGAAUCCAAACUAUACCGUCGUAAACGUCAACAUGCCUCCCGUAUCGAUGCAUGGAAAUGUGAACCAACAAAGGCAACAACCGCCACUGACCAGUGGCCGGAUGGGCGUUCAAUCUUCCAAUCAGAUGCAGCCACCAAUGUCGCCUACCCAGCAGCAACAGAAUCGCCAGCACAGUCCAAUUCCAAUUGGCUCUACCAACAUGCCGCAAUCACCAUCCCACAUAAUUAUCAAACGUGAACGGCAACCCCUGUCCGGCAGUCAACCGAUGACCAGUCAAGCCAUGCAACUAUCACCCAAUAACCAACGGUUACCGAGUCCUAUCCAAGUCAGUCCCACCACAUCCCCACUGAGUCCCGCGCUUCAGAUUCGCCAUCCCUCGCGAGACGCAGCCAUCUUGUUUCGUGUAAAAAACGAAACGCAAAUACCAAAUCUCUUGUCCCAGCAGCUGGCUGGGGUCCCACCGCGGAUGGCAGUGUGGCCGGGUAGUCAACAGCGUAUCAACGGUGUCAAGCCGGAAGUAAUCGGUGGUCCGCUUCCACCGCUAAGAAACCAAAUAUCACCCCAGCCGUCUCCGCAGCAUUACCAGGGUCCAGGGCCAAUUACCUCGCAAACAUCCUUUCGAAAUACUCCCACGGUCAUCAUGGGCGAAUCUUGCGGGGUCCGGACGAUGGUCUGGAGCUACGAUUCUCCGCCGCAAGUACAAACGACGACACCCUCGAUUCCGUCAUCGCCGUCUGCGACCAGCACCGGCUCAAUGCAAAGCCCGAUGGGACCGAGUUCGUCACACAGCGGCAGCAGUGUUGGUGGCGGAAAUAUUCCACAAUCCCCGGGAGGCGCUCAUCACCAUCAAAACAGCAACAGCAGCAGCAGUAGUAGCAGCACCAGCAACAACGAGGAAGCGGCGCAUCUACUUCUAAGCUUAGGACAAACCGUAAGGCAAAAUGAGGCUCAACCAUGGACACCCAGUCGGACGGGACUGCCGCUGAACAUGGAACGGCUGUGGGCAGGUGACUACAGCCAGUUUCCCACCGGUCAUCAGAUGCACGCCCUGAACCUAACCUCGCAGCAACCAUGGAACAUACCGCCCGGCCCAAAAAAGGAACUGCUAGAUGAUAUGCCGCCAGAUGAGGACGAGCAACCGCUUGUGUGUAUGAUUUGCGAAGACAAGGCUACUGGACUGCACUACGGUAUCAUUACUUGCGAGGGCUGUAAGGGUUUCUUCAAGCGAACAGUACAGAACCGGAGAGUUUACACCUGUGUAGCGGACGGUACCUGCGAGAUCACUAAGGCCCAACGGAAUCGCUGCCAGUAUUGUAGGUUUAAGAAGUGCAUCGAACAAGGCAUGGUGCUUCAAGCUGUUCGAGAAGAUCGAAUGCCGGGUGGGCGCAACAGUGGAGCAGUUUACAACCUGUACAAAGUUAAAUAUAAGAAACACAAAAAGAACAACCAGAAACUGAACAACCACCAACAGAAGCUAGGCCUGCCCGGUAGCGACAAUCCGAAGUCGAUGUAUCUGACCUCGUCGACGACGCCGCCGAUCAAGUCUGAAAGUAUUAGUCUGCCAUCACAUCUGGUCAACGGGACAAUCCUGAAGACCGCACUAACCAACCCGAGCGAAAUCGUGCAUUUACGCCAUAGACUGGACAACGCCGUCAGCUCGUCCAAGGAUCGGUCGAUCUCGUACGAGCAAGCCUUGAACAUGAUACAUACCCUUAUAGACUGUGAUGCUAUGGAGGACAUAGCGACCCUGCCGCAUUUUAGUGAAUUCCUCGCCGACAAGUCGGAGAUUGGCGAUAAGCUCUGUAAUAUAGGUGAUUCCAUUGUACAUAAACUGGUCUCGUGGACCCGUAAGCUGCCAUUUUAUAUGGACAUCGCGGUCGAGAUUCACACGAAACUACUGACGGACAAAUGGCACGAGAUUCUGGUGCUAACGACGGCCGCCUAUCAGGCAAUGCACGGCAAGAGAAGCAGCAGUAAUCAACUCUCGAGUGGACCGGAAGGUGCGACAAGCCUUGCGCCCGAUAAAGAAGAUCCGGAGUUUGUCGAAGAAAUUACUGCCCAGCUCCAAACGCUGCAAUCCUGCCUGACGACGUUGAUGGGUCGUCCGAUCUCAAUCGAGGAGCUAAAAAUCGACGUUGGACUGAUGGUGGAGAAGAUGACCCAAAUUACCGUCAUGUUUCGGAGGAGUAAGCUUAAAAUGGAAGAGUACGUUUGUCUGAAGGUUUACAUUCUAUUGAAUAAAGAAGCUGAAUUGGAAAGCAUACAGGAACGAUAUGUGCAAGUACUUAGAACCUACCUACAACAUACCGUGCCGCAUAGCCCCAAUCGGCUAUCGGACCUUCUUUCCCACAUACCUGAGAUCCAAACCGCCGCCAAUUUGCUACUGGAGAGUAAAAUGUUCUACGUGCCGUUCGUUCUGAACUCCGCCAGCAUUAGGUAGCAGAUGAUCGAACGGGGUAUGAUUGAACCACUCCAGCACGAGCUUCACCGUUUCCACGAAGAACAACAACAACAACAACAUCAGCAAAAUCAACCGACUGAUCCUCCUAGCAAACCAGCAGCACCGCCGUCAGCAUCAUCGACAACAACCGUACGUCAGCACGACAUGAAACCACCGCAACCGUCAUUCGCGCAUCACCCAGUACUUCAGAUCCCUACCGCACCG